GUAGGCAAGAUAAAAGAUAUAAGCAUCAUAUGUUCUUAAAAUGGCGCAUAAACAGAAUGCCUAAAUCUGUUGCCACUGUUCUUCUUAAUACAGGUGGUGGUGGUGGGUUAUCUUUCAUAAUUUUCGUAUUACUUAUAUAUUCUUUGACUUACCAUGCAAGCGGUCAGAGUAUUCCAACUGAGUUGAAUGCGAUUCUGAGAUAAAAUAUUUAUUAGUUGUCAACAGCCAUGUUUGAUAUAUUAGUGAUAAAAUGAAAACAAACAAAGCAUCCACUUACAAUAAUAUCCAUCAUUCUUAUAACUGGUUGUUAGACCAUUAAAGAAUGAAAGGCAGCAUUUCUGAAGAUCUCCUCUAUAAUUCUUUUACUUGGAAAUAAUGCAUGUGGGAAAUGACUACUUCUGUUCGUCUCUUGGAAAUUAAAGAAAAUAAUGCAAAACGCAGUUGAGCAAUGACCAAGAAAAAGGUGUUUUUCCAGUAUCAGAUGUUGGGUACACAAACGUGCAAAGGCAUAAUCCUUUUCUUUUCUUUUUUUUUUGAAGUCUUAAAAUUAUGAUCGCCACUUCCACUUGGGCUUUUGUCUGGCUGCAACAAACAACUCUACCGAAAUAUUAGCCAAGAUUUUGGCAAGCACUUUUUUCGGUUGAGAAGUUGAUAUUUGAAAGUCCUUGGAGAAUGCCAAGCUUCGUCAACUAGCCAAUAACCAGCUUUCAUGUUAGUUACAGCUACAUUACAUUGUCUGCCAAUUACUACAUAUACUUUCUUGUAUUCUUGGGACUCCAAUCUCAUCCCAAACCGCUUUGAGCUUUACUCGGUUACUUGAGGCACUUGCUGGUACUUUACUUUAAACAUCCAUUUCUUCUCAAUUUGAUCCUUUAAUUGUUGAGUUUAUAGUUCAUUAUUGGUUUUUGGGUUUAUGCUUAAAGUUUUAUGUCAACUUUCUUUCUUUUUCUUUUUCUUUUUUCCCUAUUCGAUGCAGUAAUUAAUGGUUUUUAAUAUCAUUCUUUUUCUGGUUUUCUUGUCCUUUUUCUGGGUUCUUUUUCCUAUGGUCUUUUCCCUGAAGAAUAAGAAUGAUCGUUGUACUCAUGCAUUACUUUUUUAAGAAUGAUCGAAUGUACUCGUGCAUUACUUUCAAGUAGCAAUACCGGAAAACGCUUGGACUUAAAUCGUUUCAGGGGUUUUCAUCUUUGACAAUCAAUUAGUUUAAUUGCUAUAAAUGUUAUUUAUUAACCACGUAGAGUGGCAUUUGUUCUGUGUAUCUUAUUGGUUUAUCUUCUGCAAAUGAUGAUCAGGUUCAGGAAGAACUAGAGAUGGCAGACCUAUAAAACUUAUGCAGCUUUGGUUUCUAAAUCACCUCCCUUCUGCUCAAUUAUAUAGUUUGAAAGAGUUGUAAUUUCGCCUUAUCCAAUGGCAACUUGCAUUUCUCCUCAUUUUUGUGUGCCAGUUGAUCUUCAAAUAUUGUUUGGGGAAAGAAUUUCAAAAGCAACUCAAACCAGUAGAUUAAUUUCCUCAAAGAUUUCUUACAAGAAGAGUGGUGCAUGCCAUGCAUGCCAAAAGACUGGUUUAAGUUUUCCUCAAAUUAAGUGUUCAAUUAACUCUCAUAACGUCAGCCCAAAUAACAGCAAAGACACCUUCUCGGAUUUACAUCCUGAGGUUUCAAUGCUCAGAGGCAAGGAAGAUGACUUAUACUCUGGUUGGAGAAAAGAGAGAUCUGAAGGAAAUACCACUAGGGAAUCUAGAGAUUCCUCUAUUUCAAGAAAUUCUGACGAGGCUAAGAUCAAGGUUAUUGGUGUAGGAGGUGGUGGCUCUAAUGCUGUAAAUAGAAUGAUUGAGAGUUCUAUGACAGGGGUGGAGUUUUGGGUUGUAAACACUGAUAUUCAAGCAAUGAAGACAUCCCUCGUGUUCCCAGAGAACCGUUUACAAAUUGGCAAGGAACUCACUAGAGGUCUUGGUGCUGGUGGUAAACCAGAUGUAGGGAAGAAUGCUGCCAAUGAAAGCAAACUUGCAAUAGAGGAGGCACUUUCUGGUGCGGAUAUGGUCUUUGUGACGGCUGGAAUGGGCGGAGGAACUGGUACUGGUGGGGCUCCUGUGGUCGCUGGCAUUUCAAAGUCCUUGGGACUCUUGACUGUGGGUAUUGUCACCACACCAUUCUCUUUUGAGGGCCGAAAGCGUACUAUUCAAGCUCAAGAAGGAAUUGCAGCUUUGAGAAACAAUGUGGACACAUUGAUUGUUAUCCCUAACGACAAGUUGCUCGCUGCUGUUUCACCCUCCACCCCAGUGACAGAGGCAUUUAACUUGGCUGACGACAUACUUAGACAAGGUGUUCGUGGUAUCUCUGAUAUCAUAACGAUCCCUGGUUUGGUCAAUGUUGAUUUUGCUGAUGUUCAAGCUAUCAUGAAAGACUCGGGAUCUUCCCUUAUGGGAAUAGGAACUGCAACUGGGAAGAGCAGGGCAAGAGAUGCAGCAUUGAAUGCUAUACAAUCACCUUUACUAGACAUUGGCAUCGAAAGGGCUACUGGUGUUGUGUGGAAUAUAACUGGUGGAAGUGAUCUUAAACUGUUUGAGGUAAACACUGCCGCUGAGGUUAUUUACGACCUCGUGGAUCCAAGUGCAAACUUGAUAUUUGGAGCAGUUAUCGACCAAUCACUAAGCGGUCAAGUGAGCAUAACCCUGAUUGCUACCGGAUUCAACCGCCGGGACGAAAGUGAUGGGAAGUGAUGCUUCUGUUGGAAUGAGGAGACAUGCUUCAUAUGGUAAUGGCAGCAGGACUCUGGAGAUCCCCAAGUUCCUUAGGAAGGAAAGAAAAGGAGUUCUAUCUUCUCAGGAAUCUAACCAUCUUCAUUUUCUUGAUUAUUUUUGUUAGAAAUGUAAAUAUAUAUUAAUGCCUCUUCUUCA